UUCCAUAAGCGGCCAUUUGCAGGACGUACUCAUUUCAUAUUCGUAAACUUCUUUCGAACAGUCGCUAGAUUUCUGUCGUAGAGAGUACCUGGGUUGUCAAUUGAGGAGGCGGUUUACGAAUACGACCACGCGUUUUCUGCCAUGAAAUUGGAUCUCGUCUCCGACUUCUAAAGCCCCUUAUUAUUAACUGUUUCAGUUUUUCGACGUAUUCUUUUAAGAUUACAAUGGUUAAACACGUAAUAUCAGUCUGUAUAUUUUGCUUCAUAUGUGCUACACACACUCCUUGUGCUUCACACGUCUCGGUAUCUUUAAAUUCAUCUCCUUCAAAACUUUACAUUGAAGAUAAUAAUUUUUCACCGUACUCAACUGUUUCAAAAGAAUUCGGAAUGAUGCAAGAAAGAUAUAAUAAUGAUAGGAUGGUUCGUAAAAGAGAUGUUAAAAUACCGGAGAAUGGUAAUAAUGACGAUGACGCAAAUAAAAAGAAUGUUAAUAAAAAUAUUGAAAUUGAUAAAUAUUUAAAAGAACUUUUUAUAAAGUACGGUGAUGGAAAAACAAUGUCAUUAAAAGGAUUUGAAAAAUUAAUGUUUGAAUUAAAUGUGACACAAGAUUUAUCAUCAAAACUUGAUAAGAUAAAUGAAGUAAAAGAAGAAGAGGGAUUUAAGACUAAUAUUCCAGUACAUAAUCAAUCGUCGUUUAAUAAUCAAUCAAUUAAUAAAAGUAAUAAUAAUCAUAGUUGUAUAUUAAAAGAAGAAAUUGCUGAUUUUUUAAGAGUACCAUUUAAAUCUGUACCAAAAAUUGAUGACGACACGUUUAAACGUGCUUGCCCAGCAUUGCUUUAUAGCAUUUUAAUUGAAGACUGUAAUCAUCAUCACCAUCGCCAUCAUCAUGACGACUUAACUGAUGACGAAGAUUUUGGAGAAAGAACUUCAACGACAACUAUUUAUAUUUAUUCAAGUUUGGCAGUUGUCGUUAUAAGUUUAUGUGGAAUAUUAGGACUCUUUGUCAUCCCUAUAAUGCAGACAACAUAUUAUCAUAAGAUAUUACAGUUCCUUGUCGCUUUGGCCGUUGGAACAUUGGCCGGCGACGCUCUUUUACAUCUUUUACCACACGCAAUGAGUUCAAGCGAUCAUAGUCACGGCGAAGAACACUCACACGAGCAUGCCCAUGAAAGGGAAAACCUUUAUAAAGGAUUUGUGGCAAUGCUGGGGUUGGUGCUAUUCUUUUGUAUGGAAAGAUUUAUUACUAUUUUGGCUAAUUGGAGGAAACAAAGACAACUUAAAGAUAAGCUACCUAAAAGACUGAAGGUUAUGAGUAAUGAAGGGAGUGCUCAGUUGACCAAUGCAGCUGAUAAACAGUGCAAACACAAGUAUAGUUCCUUUCCUUAUUGUUAUGAUGAGAUUACUGUGAUUGAUAUUCCACGUGAAGAUCGUGGAUUUCGUUUAGCUGGUGGAACAGAUACAGUAAUAGAUUCCCACAAUAACACCCAAACGACAACCUUAGACGACAUAGAAAGUCAUACCGACUCGAACAAUUUAAAAACGCCCGCCGAUUUUACAAAGAAAAAAUCGCAAAAUCAUGAAACGAACCAAAACAUGACCGAAUGCCCGAACGAUGUCUCGAAUGGAAAUUGUACGGAAAUUAAUAAAAUGUUACCGGAAACCGGAAAAGAUGACACAGAUAGCAUGGAAUAUACCGUAAUAUUAACCGAACACGAAAAUAAGCAUCAUGGACACUCACACACACAUGGACAUGUUCAUUCCGCACCGAAAAAUUUAUCGUCGGUUGUAUGGAUGGUAAUUAUGGGUGAUGGUUUGCAUAAUUUUACUGAUGGAAUGGCAAUUGGGGCAGCAUUUUCAAAUAGCUUAUCAGGAGGUUUAUCAACAACCGUUGCUGUUUUUUGCCAUGAAUUACCACAUGAAUUAGGUGAUUUUGCAAUGCUUUUAAAAGCUGGAAUGAGUGUCAAACAAGCAGUUUUAUACAAUUUAUUAUCAAGUAUUUUGUGUAUACUGGGUAAUUGGGUUGGAUUAUGGCUCGGAAAUACAGAAUAUGCAAGUACGUGGGUUUUUGCCGCCGCCGCCGGUAUGUUUUUGUAUAUCGCUUUGGUUGAUAUGUUACCGGAAUUAUCGUCUGAUCAUAACGGUGAGCACACAUUUUUUCAAUGCGUAUUACAUUUAACCGGGUUAUUGUCGGGUUUUGGAAUAAUGGCUGUAAUCGCAUUGUAUGAACAUGACCUUAAAAAUAUGUUUAAUAAUUAAUUUUAAACGUAAGGGUUUUUUUUCUGUUUGUUUUUAAAAAGAAAUAAUAAUUAAAAAAAAAAAAAGAAAUGUAAUUUUAAAAAAUGAGAAAAAAGUCGUGGUAGAAAGCAAUUUGUUGUAAUUAUUUGUAAUAAGUAGAGAAAUAUCGACAUCUGAUCUGCAUGAGCUUAACUAAUUUCUUUUUAAUGGUAACGAUUAUUAUUUUGCGAUUAGCGUUAAUUUAUUUUUUUAACAUUUUUUUUUAAAUUUUCGUUCCAUUGUCUCCUCAUCAUAUGAUACUUAAAAAGUGAAUAAGUAACUUAAAUAAAUACAGUAUUUUUUUUAUAAAAAUAUUUCCGUUAACGUUGAAUUUCGUUUUCAUUUUUCUCCGUUUUUUUUUUACUAUAUAAACAUAAAUAAUAUGUUGAUUUUUUUUGUAUUAUUUUUAUAUACAAUUUUAAAAUGUCUCGCACUAUCUACUUCUGUUGCUUGUUACUUUACUGAUUAUCUCUCUUGAAGUACUUACUUCUAAAGUUUUGAUCCUCCCCGAAUUUAUGUAUCAGGAAAUAAAGAUAUUUAAAUAAAAACUUCUUUAACAAAAGUUA